CUCUGAUCUGUAGAUUGCUUGCUUAGCUUAGCUCCUCUCUCACCUUCUUUCUGCGCUGAACUCCUCCAUUGAUGAAACAGAGAAGAGAAAGUGAUAGCUAGCAAUCUAACUUUAUAUAUAUUGGGUAAAGAAAGAAAUUAAGAUGGGGGUCAAUAUAACUUCCAUUAAAACCUCAUCAAAUGGAGCUUGGCAAGGGGAUAAUCCCCUCGACUAUGCCUUCCCUCUUCUCAUUGUUCAAACCACUUUAAUUCUCGUCGUUAGCCGCUUCCUCGCCUUUCUCCUCAAACCCCUCCGCCAACCCAAAGUCAUUGCCGAGAUUGUCGGUGGAAUUCUGCUUGGACCGUCCGCUUUGGGAAAAAACAAGCACUACUUGCACCGAAUAUUUCCCUCGUGGAGCACCCCGAUAUUGGAAUCUGUGGCAAGUAUCGGUCUCCUUUUCUUUCUGUUUCUUGUGGGUCUUGAACUCGAUCUGAGCUCAAUUCGUCGGAGUGGCAGAAAAGCCUUUGGCAUAGCAGCCGCCGGAAUUUCUCUCCCUUUCGUUUGCGGCAUCGGCGUUGCCAUUGUCCUGCGAAAAACUGUCGACGGAGCGGAUAAAGUCGGUUUCGGCCAGUUCCUCGUCUUCAUGGGAGUGGCGCUCUCCAUCACCGCCUUCCCCGUACUCGCGCGCAUUUUAGCAGAACUCAAGCUAUUAACCACCGAGUUGGGCGAGACCGCCAUGGCCGCGGCUGCGUUCAACGACGUGGCUGCAUGGAUCCUGCUGGCGCUAGCCGUGGCACUCGCCGGUGACGGUGACGGUGGGGGCCACAAGAGUCCCUUGAUAUCAAUCUGGGUUCUCCUCUCAGGUGCCGCAUUCGUUACUUUCAUGCUGGUCGUCAUCGCACCAGCGAUGAAAUGGGUCGCCCGCCGGUGCUCGCCGCAGAAUGACGUCGUCGACGAAGCCUACAUCUGUUUGACUUUGGCAGGAGUACUAGUUUCCGGAUUUAUGACCGACCUGAUCGGUAUCCAUUCUAUCUUCGGAGCAUUCGUGUUCGGUCUAACAAUCCCAAAAGGGGGACAAUUCGCAGACAGAUUGAUAGAAAGGAUCGAGGACUUCGUUACGGGUCUGCUUCUUCCUCUAUACUUCGCUUCAAGCGGGUUGAAGACGGACGUGGCCAAAAUACGCGGGGGAAAGGCAUGGGGUCUGCUGGCGCUGGUGAUAUCCACAGCCUGUGCCGGAAAAAUCCUGGGAACUUUCGUGGUGGCGUUGAUGUUUAUGAUCCCAGUGAGGGAAUCUCUCACGCUGGGUGUGCUUAUGAAUACCAAAGGCUUGGUGGAGCUCAUCGUUCUCAACAUCGGCAAGGAGAAGAAGGUGCUCAAUGACGAGAUGUUUGCUAUUCUAGUCCUCAUGGCACUCUUUACGACCUUCAUCACAACCCCAACAGUAAUGGCCAUCUACAAACCAGCACGUGGCAAUUCCGCCCACACGCACCGCAAAUUGCGUUUGACCACCAGUACCCAAGACACCACGGACGAGCUUCGUGUUCUUGCUUGUGUUCACGGCCCAGGAAACGUACCUUCCCUCAUCAACCUCAUUGAGUCGACUCGUAGCACUAAGAAGUCCUUGGUAAAACUUUUCGUCGUGCAUCUUGUCGAGCUCACUGAACGAUCUUCCUCCAUUGUCAUGGUCCAACGUGUCCGAAGGAAUGGUUUUCCCUUCUUUAACCGGAUCCGUCGAGGCGAGUGGCAUGACCGAAUGGCCGGGGCAUUCCAAGCCUACAGUCAACUUGGCCGAGUCAGGGUCCGACCGACAACAGCAAUCUCGGCGUUAUCUACUAUGCAUGAGGAUAUUUGCCAUGUUGCAGAGGAUAAGAGGGUGACCUUGAUCAUCCUGCCCUUUCACAAAAUGUGGAAAGGGGAAGGCGAUGAGAUGGAGGAGAAUGUGGGCCAUGGCUGGAGAGGAGUAAAUCAGAGGGUGCUAAAGAAUGCACCGUGCUCGGUGGCUGUGUUUGUGGACCGCGGACUUGGUAAUGGCGCCCAAACUCCAGUGCCGACGACGACCACCGCAGCCCAACGGGUUUGCGUAAUCUUCUUUGGUGGACCAGACGAUCGUGAAGCCUUGGCACUCGGUGGUCGGAUGGCGGAGCAUCCCGCAAUUAAAGUUACCAUUAUAAGGUUCGUAGAGAAGGAAGGGAAGGAGAGUAGGGACAUGAUGCUUCGGCUCUCAUCAACGAACAAGUAUAGUGAACAUAAUUAUAGCUUCUCCACCGCUAAAAUGAACCGUGAGAAAGAAAGGGAGCUAGAUGAAAAUACAGUUGCUGAGUUUCGAAGCAAGUGGGAUGGGAUAGUGGAGUAUUCGGACAAGGUGACUAGCAAUAUUGUUGAGGCGGUUUUGACAAUCGGGCGAAGUAGGGAUUAUGAGCUGAUAGUCAUAGGCAAAGGGCGUUUCCCAUCAACAAUGGUAGCAGGAUUGGCAGGGCGCCAAGCAGAGCAUGCAGAGUUGGGGCCUAUUGGAGACAUAUUAACGUCGUCAGGGAGUGGCAUCGUGUCUUCAGUGUUGGUCAUUCAACAACAUGAUCUUGCCCAUGCAGAGGAGGCUCCUGUCUCAAAUAUUGUAACGCACGCGAACAACACAACUAAUCAUCUCGGCCAUGAUCAGCCGUCGAGUAGUGUUAGAGAAAUUACCAAGGAUUUCGUGUGAUCAAAACACAUGCAAUUUGGCCGUACGUAACAAUAAAACAAGUACGUCGCUGCAACCAACGAGCUUCGCUUUUAAUGAUUUGGGGCUAGCUAGCCAUGUAAAACUAUAUUAGAUGUGUGAUCUCUGGAGUCUCAAUCGUCGAUCUUAGGAGGAGGGCUCUCGAUUGGUCUAGAUCAGCCUGUUUAUAAGGAUAAAGAUCAUUUUGCUAAGGAUAAAGCUCAAGCAGGAUAAAGUUCAAGCUAUUCGACCCUCCCUAGUCUUCUAGUUCAUCACGCUUGGUUCUAUUUGAUUUAUGUAACAGCUCUUAUCUAUACGUUGGUUAGAAAUCUGUUAGCUAGCUUCUCUUAUAGUUUAUCUCUUGUAACAAACAUGUAAAUCCUCUCAUACAUUUGUAAUAGUUUUGUGUAUAAAUAUGAUAAUGCACACACGCGGGUUUCUGGUGAGAAAAACCAGAACAGUUUCCCAUUC